UCUUGAUUAGAGACCCGGAAGUGAGCGAGCGCCCCCUCUGAGCUAGUGGUUAGCUGUGGCUGUUUCCCUGCGCGAUGAUAACACGGAGGAGCCGGGACACGCGACAUUAACUGGUGUGGUCCAGUAACCAGCACGGGAGCCGGUGAACCUCAGUGACACAACCCGCCCGCCUCGGCUGCCAUCGAGGCCGCUAAGCCAGCUCGCUCGUCAGCCAUCUGGCAGGAACUGUCGCUAGCAUUAGCUUUAGUGUUAGCCGCAGGUGACCGUUAGCAGGUAGUGCCCCCGGUGGUGGUGAUGGCCGCGGCCCGGAGAGGAUGUGCGUUGGCCGGGCUUCUCCUCCUGCUGCUGCUGGCUGGAUGCAACGCGAGGAUACACAAGCUCACCCUCCGGAAUGAAAGUCGUUCCACCAUCGACCUCAACAACUUCGGCUUCUUCGCCAACGGGACUCUGGACGUGAACCUGAUUUCCCUGCGCCUCUCCAACGAGCAGCUGGUGAACUACAGCACCCACCCGGUGGGUUUCACCCUCUCCAGGUCCCGUGUGAAUGGAGUCCUGUCCUACACACAAGAGGAGACGGAGAGAUGCCCGCUCACUACAGAAGAUGUGCCCAAAAGUGACGAGCCCCUUAUUCUUUUCCUCAUCAAUAUCCACACCCUCAGUGUCACAGUGAAAGCUAUAGGUGAUCAAGACAACAUCUUGACAGCCAGGCUAAAGCCCCAAGAGCCUAAAGGUACGAGAAAGACCAGGCAGGCUCCUGAACCCAUGGAUCCUGCAAAGAACCCAGAUGAAACUGACAAGAACCCAGCUGAAACUGCAAAGACGGCAGAGAAACCAGAGGAAACUGUAAAGAAGGCAGAUGACAAGACAACCCAGGACAAAAUGGACAAGGCUGUGGAUCAGGAGAAGGAUGAGAAGACAGACUUGAAAGCACCAGAAGAAGAUCCAAAAGAGGAGGACAGUGGAGUUGAUCUGGGGAAGACCCAGCUACUGACUUUAGCUUUGGACAAAAUCAACGGCUCCUAUAACUUCAGUUUCCACUUGGUGAUUGGCCCACUGGCGCAGGGACUCUACAGCCUCAAAUUCCACUACUGCCAGAACAAGAUCCCUGGGUUCAAACUGCCCUACUCAUUCACUGUGGAAGUGAAGGAGAAGAACCUGGGCGGCUACCUGUCUGCAGCAGAAAUCCCCCUGUCCCGUCUGUACAUCUGUAUGGCUGGAGUGUUCUUCUGCGCUGCCAUGGUCUGGGUGUACACGCUCAUGAAGCACAGGUACAGCGUGUUUAAGAUACACUGGCUGAUGGCAGCGCUGGCCUUCACCAAGGCCACGUCACUGGUUUUCCACAGUAUCAACUUUUACUUCAUCAACACCGAGGGGCAUCCAAUCGAAGGCUGGGCUGUCAUGUAUUACAUCACACAUCUGCUCAAAGGGGCUCUCCUCUUCAUCACACUGGCACUGAUCGGCACCGGCUGGGCCUUCGUGAAAUACAUCCUGUCCGACAAGGAGAAGAAGAUCUUCAUGAUCGUCAUCCCCCUGCAGGUUCUGGCUAACGUUGCCUACAUCAUCAUCGAGUCGACAGAGGAAGGCUCCAGUGAAUACUACCUGUGGAAGGAGAUCCUCUUUCUGGUUGACCUCAUCUGCUGUGGAGCCAUUCUCUUCCCUGUUGUCUGGUCGAUCCGUCAUCUCCAGGAAGCUUCCAGCAUCGACGGCAAAGGUACGAGACUCGAUCACCAGUCAAGUCAUCAUUCAUCAGGUUUAAUGUCGAGCUGGUCAUUUACUUCUAACACUUCUUUUUCAGCUGCCAUGAAUUUGGAGAAGCUCAAGCUCUUCCGGCAUUACUAUGUGAUGAUUGUGUGUUACAUCUACUUCACGAGGAUCAUAGCCAUUCUGCUCAAGGUCACCAUGCCUUUCCAGUGGCAGUGGUGCUACGAGUUUCUGGUAGAAGUGUCCACUCUGAUCUUUUUUGUGUUGACGGGCUACAAGUUCCGACCGGCAUCCAACAACCCGUACCUGCAGCUUCCCCAGGACGAGGAGGACAACGAGAUGGACGAAGUAGUGACUGAGUCCGGGGCUCUGGAGGGGAUUUCCAACGUGAAGAAGACGUCGAACGGGCGCGAGCGCCAGAGGGAGUCGACCUUGUGAGCGGGACGCCGCAUCUGUUGGAUGGACCCACAGAACACAUCCCCCAGACCAGCCUGGUUUGAAGGGAUGCACAUGGACCAAGGCACUCCACCCACGUUGACAGCUAUCACUUUGAAACUCCUGCGUCGUGGCAAGAGUUUUUAAAUAAAUAAAAGGGGCCGUGCUUCCAGAGAGGAGACGCGUCCGGUGUCUGGCUAUGCAAAGAAAAAAAGAAAAAUCAAACAAAACAAACAAAAAAAGACUCUGAACGGUUUCAUGAGGCGACGAGCUCCUGCCACAUGAGGAGAUAUGGAAAUGAGCUGUGAUGUUCUUUACUGUUUCCAUCUCUCUUUCGCGCCUUUCUCUCUCUGUAUCCCCCCCCCAAUUCCCCUUUCUCUAUCUCUCCCCAAAGAUAAUUAUCAUUUUAGAGAGACUUGCUUUCAGGUGUGUUUGUAUUGGCUAUUUAAACGGUACUUUACCUGUUGGUGUGUGCUGUGAGUUCACGUGUGUGAAUGAGGGGAACACAUCCAUUCUUUUUUGGAGACAUUAGCCUGAAACUCAGGUAACAGGCUAAUCAGUAUAAAGUUAAAACAUGCAUCGUGUUCCCCCACGCAGCCAGGACUCACUGAUUGGUUAUUAUAUGGCUUCAGAACCGCAAACCCACAAUAUGUUACGUUUUUAUAUAUUUGAUUUGUAUAUUGAAAUAUAUAUUUAAGGGUGUAAACUAUUGUAUAUUUCAAUAUAUGGACUUAUUUGCAUAUUGAAAGGUUCUGUUUCAGUAUUAUUGUUUAUGCUGGCGUGGUGCGAGUCCGUCAUGUGGACCGCUGCUGUAAAUUAGUGCUUUAGUGGUUGAGGUCGACUCAACGUGUGGACCUUGGGUCAGUUUCUUAAAUAACCAGAGCAGUGCCCCCCCCACCCUCCCCUGUUCAACCACAGCCUUGUUUUCUCUUCAUGUUUGGCCGUUCUGUGCCGAUCUGCGCAGGGAGGGGACCUAACUGAUCAUUUUUGAUUUCAUCUGCUUUUGGUUUUUACCUUUUUCGUUUUUUUUUCUGCUCUUGAUGUGAAGCUUGUUUUAUUAAUUAUUGACGACUUAUUGGUUUCGUGAAAGAUCAGAAAACGUGUGCAGCCCGGGGAGGGGGGGGGGGGCGUAGGUGGCCAUGUGUAAAUAAUUUGUUGAUACGAAAGCAGGCACAUAACACUUUGAUAAGAACUGCAUAGACGCGUUAUAGACAAGAGUUUUUGAUUCCUUUUAACAGACUUGGGGGGGGGGGGGACUGGCGGAAUCGAUGAAAGACUACUGAGAUUUACCCACACUCCCUAACUCACUCACUCCUGCACAGGGGCGAGCGAGCUGCUCAGUGCUGGCAGACUGUCCUUGUGACUCCAGGCUCCCGAUGAUGAGACAUAACAAACCAAAUGAGAGGAGGAGGUGUUGUGCUUGUACAGGAAGCUGUUUGUGUGAACUGUCACAAUAAAGCUGGUGUUCUGGAAAGAUCUCAA